AUGGUGGCCCGUCAAGGAAACAAUCAAAUGCGUCGCAAUAACAACCGCAACAAUAUGAAUGGAAAUCAAAACGGUGGUGGCAAUCGCCAAGGAGGUAAUUUGCGCCAAAAUUUUAAGAAUCAAAAUCAAAACCAAGGGCAAAACCGUAGUUUCGGCGGUGGUUUCAAGCAACAAGGCCCAAACAAUCAAAACCAACGCAAUAACCAGAACCGUAAUAGCAAUGGCGGUGGUGGUGGAAACAACACACCAAACUUGGGUAAUUUCAACCAAUUGGCCGCUGCCAUGUUGCUUCAACAGCAAAAUCAAUUGUUGCAAAGCGCCUCGCAAAUGAUGGACAAUCCCGGCUAUUUGGACUUCAAUGAACCACGCCAAAACUUUUCGCCACAGAAAAAUAGCAAAAAUUUGCAAAACAGUAACAACCAACAAAAUGGCAACAAUCGCAAUAACAACCGCAACAACAACAACAGAGACAACAAUGGUAACAAUAAUCAAGGGGGACGUCGCGGUAAUAACUUGAACAACAGAAACAACAACCAAGGAGGUAAUCAAGGAAAUUUCAACAAUCAAGGCAAUUACAACAACAAUCAAAGGAACAACAACCAACGUAAUAACAAUUUGAGUGGAAACAACCAAGGUGGUAAUAACCCACGAUUCCAACGAAAUAACAGCAACAACAACGGCAACAAUGGCAACAAUGGCAACCAAAGCGGUUCAAGCAUUUCUAAUUUCGGUGGCUUCGGUGGCUUAGGCAACAACGGAGGCCAAUUCCGCAACCAAAACCAACGCCAACUACCAUUCCCAAAUCAAUCAUCAUUCGAUAACAGCUUUGCUGCCAGUCUCUUCACCAACCAAGGUUUUAAUCGUGCUGCAGCCAUUUUGGCACCACAAUUGACUCCAUUGUUGAAUCGCCAAGGCGGUCGUCAGUUGCGCCGUUUGCAAGGGGGCAAUCAAUUGAAUGGCAACGGUCCAUUCAGAGGCAAUGGUCCACGUGGCUUGCCAUUGCGUCGUAAAUUGGCCAACGGCAAACCCGCCGGCGGCAACUUGAAAGGUGUUCGCAACGUGAAAAACCAAAAGGGGCAAAAAAACGUAAAAGGCGGCCGUAAGGUCGGUGGAAAGGGACGUCGUAACCAAGAUCGCUACCAAUUGAGCAAGCCAUGGGUCACUGAUGAAAUUAAGGCCGCGCAUGAAAAGAAAGUCGAAUUGGCCAAUCAAUUGAAGGGCAACAAAAAUGACGAACUAUUUGCCGAAUUCAAGGUCAAACGAGAUGAAUUUGUUAAGCUAUACGACGCUGCCCGUACUGAGUACAACAAAAACAAGGCCAAUGAAAAGAAAACCGAAUCGGAAAAAGCAAAAGAAACAAAUGAAAAUACAGAAAGUACAGAAAGUACAAAUACAGAGACCGACGCCGCCGCCGACGAUACCGCCGCCACUGAAAAUGAAAAUGAAAAUGAAAAUGCGGCAAAUGACACAAGUGUUGCAGCCACCUCAUAAGUCCAAUAAACACAAAAUGCAAUUUUUUUCCCCCACACAAAGAAAAACAAGUUUGCGUUUAAGUUGUUUGGCAGAGGUGUGCGAUCAUGCAUAGUCUCGUAUCGUGUAUCGCAAACAAUUUUGACAGUUGACAAUUCACAAGCAACCAACAAUUUCAACAUACACACACACACCCACAAAAUGCAACAGCCAAGAUAACCGUACAUUUUUUCGCUUCAUUUUCUGAUAUGUAUAAAUGGUGAACAUUUUAUUCUUAUUUUAUUAACGUAACCGAUUUUUUUGAAUGAGGGAAAACAAAACGAAACAUUAUUUAGUAGAAAGAGUUGAACAAAACAAAACAAUUUACUUACUCUAUAUGCACACAAGAUUGUAUAAGACAAGUAAACACUCAAAUUCAUACAAAUUAUAUUGUAGCUAAAGGAAAAUCAUAACAAAACCAUGAAGAAGAAGAAAACAAAAGAAAUAAAAACGCAGAACUGUUUUAUUCGGAGAAUUUAUGAAAAGAAUAAAGUUGAAAAAGUAAUGCGAAGAAAAAAACGUAGCGAAUAUUAAAAUCAGCAGUUUUAAAAAUAUGUUGAAUCCAAUAUAAAAUCACAAAUCCACACAUUUAAACUAGAGAGUCAAUGUUUUUUUCGCUGCAUGUUUUUAUUCUGAACAACAACACACACACACAAAAAUAUGUAAAUGUAACCCAAUCUUAAAUUUGGUGUACUAUUAUUUAAGUAUGUAUCUUAUCUCUAUCAUUUUUGAUCCCAUCAGUUUUCGCUAGCAUCAUUCAACAAUGCAUCAAAUAGAGUGUGUGCUCCAUUGCCGUCAGUACAAUGACUGUGUACUCGACGAUGUUCUUUUUUCCCCGAAUAUUAAAAUAAAAGAUGAAUUAUAUUCCCAUGCACGCAUCUAUUUUCGAUCUUGAAUGAAUGCCAUAUGCAUUUUUUGUGGUCAUCUCGAGAGAAGUUCUCUUUUUUCUCUCGCUGGAGAAGUGAUGCGACCUUCAAACUUAUUGCUAUAUUACAUCUCCACAAUGCACUUGCCAACAUCACGGAUCACAGAAUAAUUCCAUUGAAUUUUCCCAAUGCGGAAAAUUAUUAACGCAAUAAAGAAAACAAAAAUUGAUGAAGAUGAUGACAAAAAUAUGGUGGGCAAAUUAAACGUUUCAUUCAAAAACAAACACAAAACUAUUUUUCAUGAUUAGUAGAUAAAGAUACAUAUGAACAAACAAAAAAAAGUUAAAUAAAAAUAAAAAAAAAUUAAACGCUGAAAUCGACAAGGAUUUCGCUUUGAUGGGGUUUUACUUUGAUCUGUGGGUUGCUGCUGUUGUGAACACAAAAGCCAAAACAAAAGUCAUUCGACUUUUUAGUUACGCAACCAUGAAAACUCUGUCCAGUGUGCCAACAACCGGAUGGUUCUCCAUCCAGUAUGCGUCAUGGCUCUCGAACCAGCAACACACAAAACCGCCACAGACGCAAAAUAACACCAUUUUAUCCAUUUAAAAUUAGUACGAUAUACAUUGAUAACGAUUAGCUUAAGUUCAAUUUAUUCACAAAUGCAUAUAAUUUGACCAUUUCAAUUUCAUUUAUAUGAGAACGAGAAAAAGGAACAAGAAAAUUACAUGAUGAUUAGACACAAAAGAAUUGAUGGUUAUUUUUUGGUAAAUGUUUCUUUUUUUUAUUGAAUGAGUGUUUAAAAAUUCGACUCUUUUGUUUCGAACUUAUUUUUUUGCGUGAAAUUGUUUGAGAUUUCAAUUUGCAGAGAUGAAAUAAAUAAAAACAUAGAUUUUAUGCUAAAUGAAAGAAAAAAAAAUUGUAUUCCUUAACUGAAUCCUUUCGUUUAUGAUUUUGACUGGAUGAAGAAAAAAAUCGGAACGAUACUUUCACUUCGGAUUGCGAUCGAAAAAAAAACAAGAGGAAAAGAGAUAAAAACCUCGGUGUUGUCGUUUUUGUGGCUCUGGGGCUGAUUCUCACACAAAUGAACACACACAUAAAUACAUCCAGUGUGUUGUGGUACAAGAGUCCUUGUACACGAGACAUCAGCUGAAAUAAAGAGAUAAAAACACAUGGUAGCUCUAUCGAAUAUGUUGUUGACAUCGCCACAACCACACCACACACAACAAUAUUCGUCUUAUUUAUUUAUGGCUCUCCCGAGUGUAACCAAGUGGCAAUACUUGACAUAUAGAACAAAUAUCCCAAGCUAUUUUACCUUACUAUUUUUUUCGUUUUCGUAUCUAAAGAACACCUAGAUCUAUUUAUCUUAUCUUCUAUCUAUUUAUAAUGUGUAAUUAAUCAGCGGAUCAAUUACAACACACAAAUAUUAUAAUAGACAAUUUUUAAACGACACACGCAAUACAUAACGAGAAAGAAGAAAAAUAAACAGAAAGUAAUUCGAUCAUUUAUUGAAUUUCAAUUAGUUUUUAGGAUGAGAUCUAUUGUAACAACAUAUUUUAUUGUUUCCAAAAUAAAAACGUUCAUUGAAAAACAA